UAUACAUACUGCUUCCCAUGGUCUGAUUAUAAUUGCUCUCAACAUGUUUUAUUUUCACGAGUGCCCGAAGGGGCUAAAACUGUCGAGUGGUGGUGGUGGAUGGCUGGAUGCAGGUCAGGCGGCGGCGGUGGCAUGGUGAGAAAUGAAAUUAUGGUCAAAUUGUUCCGUCUGGUUUGUAGCACUCUGAAUUCGAUCGCUUCAGGCUCGCUUGGCUUGGCAUUUUCCACGUGAAAAACCCACGGAUCAGAUUUGCUUAGUUUCAUUUCAUUACUUUCACGUGUGCGCGUAUAGAAUUUUAUGUUGUUGGGUGGUUUGGCUGAGGAAAAAUAGAGGUACCACUGCUUUCACCUACUUUACAUACAUAAGACUGAAAUAGUCAGUCAAUACAUGCAGUGGAUUAGAACAAAACCAGUCUGAGAUUGUGGUGAAAUGUGAAAUUAAUUUAUUUACUUUAUGUAUUUGUCCAUCAAAUUGAGACUCCUCGUUCACCACGCUGUCCGCAUCAAUUUCCUGUUUACUUUACUACUUAUUUACUUAAGCUGGGAAAACUACUAAACCGGAAAACUUGUCCAAAUCGUCAUUUUCAUAGACACGAACAUAAUCAUAACCGUGUGUUCAAAGUGCCGUGAGUUAGUGACUGACUCAUCCUCAGCUGAGAUUACUAUUAUUAUUAUGGGGAUCACAAAAGGGACCGCGAUCUGCCCCAUGGAUGAUAACACAAUUUUCGUGAUAAGAAAGCACGGACCAGAUCGACCCGUCUUUACUCCCAACAGUAAAGCGAGUUCAAUUUCGAGACAGGCUUCCGUGAACAGUUACCAAUCGAAAACUUCCAGAUUAACACUUGACGAAGAUUUGGAAGCUUUACGAUCUGCCAACAUCGUCUUCAUCCGACAUCACGUGCAGAGGGAGCCGGAUCAAAAAAAACUGCUGUCGUCGGCGACGUCCUCGUCUUCUCAACUUCAAAACAAAUACACAAUCGUCAACACAUGUGGGGAGACUUUAUUUUAUGCUGUGGAAAUUACGCCAGACGUUUCGCCACCUUCCCCACCGCCACCACCACGCCAUAAACUUUCUUUGCCUUCUUGCUCUUUCCACCGAGUUAGUGAAUCUGGUAGCGAGAAACAGUUGAAAUUCGCCGUGGUAAACUCACAGGGCGAAGAAGUCUUUGACAUCCAGGGUCACCCCGGUGUGCGAGGUUAUGGAGCGUACACCGUGGUGCGAAGAGAUUCCACCAUUUUGGGAAAUGUUGCUCAGACGAAUAAAAUCGCGUCGUGUCAUCGUCGCCGCCGAGAUCCGCCGUCCUACCUAAUUGAGUCGCCGGAUGGGAAAACCCUCCAAAAAAUCCUGAGACAAAGCUCGUGGAGAAACUUGGCAAAGGGAUUCCUGCCCGUGAACGACUUCAACGUGAGCUCUCCCGAUGGGACGAUUUGCAGGGCGAAAAUAUCCCGACAAACGAACGCCAUCACUUUGGAAGAGUACAGCCAAACAGACACUUAUGCGCUCAGCUUUCACACGACUGAUAUGGAUGGCAAGCUUAAAUCACUGCUCAUUGCGGCCGUCCUCAUGCUGGAUUACCAGCUCACCGAAAAGACGACGGAAUGGAGGGACUAUAAAAGUUUAAUAUUUCGAAUACUCUUUUGUGCCUUUCUAAUAUUUAUCCUCAUUGCUCUCAUUCUUGUCGUGGUGGAUGGUGCGGUGGAGUUCCAGAAGGAGAAAGUUAAACGAUUUCCGGGCCAAGUGCCACCACCGUGAGAAGAAAGAGAGACAAGGACGACGGUUAACACUGAAUUAAUAAAGGUUGAGUGAUAGAUUAUGCAAUA